GAAAAAAAACUUGUAAAGUCAGGAAGAGUGCCUGCUGACUUAUUGAGCCCAGAAAAACAACCAACCAAUGCUUUUACUGAGCGAACAACUAAUGCUUUUACUAAACAAACAACUAACACUUUACUGAGCGAACAACCAAUGCUUUUACUGAGCAAACAACUAACGCUUUUAUUGUUUAUCAUAAUAAUUUCAAGAUACAAUAUGAG